AUGAGGUUGAUACAAUGGGCCGCAUUAGGCCUUACGAGCAUCGCCGCUGCCGAAUCGAAUUUGACGCACGAGUCGAAAAACAUUCUCCCCUCAGCAUUUGCUCCGCCGAAGCACUUCCGCAAUGUCAAUCUGGUGCGCAAUAUCAACUUGGAGAAGAGCUAUCCGCGCGAGACCAUCAACGUUGUGAUUGAAAACAUUGAUUCAAAGGAGCAAUCAGAAUACUAUCUGCCAUUCGAGCAAGGACUUUUGGGACGGAUUGGUGGGCUGGAAGCGAAGGACAAGAAAGAGCCCGCGAAGGGAAACCUCCCGGUCGAGGUGGUUGGUAUUGAUCCAUUUAGCACGACGGAAUACUACAAGAUCACACUACCCAAGGCUCUCGCGCCAAAAGAGCAACAAACGCUCGCGAUUACAUAUUACGUCCUCUCAGCCCUUGAACCACUUCCAUCACAGAUCGAGCAGAAUGCCGAGCAGUAUGUGCUGCACAAAUUCUCCGCCUACGCCCCCAGCGCAUACACCACGUCCAAGCAGAAGACGAAGCUGAAGCUACCAACUACCAAAGCUCCAGACUACACGAACCUGCCAGCCGAGCUGAACGCAGAGGGAAAUGCCGACCCACAGAAGCAGGGCACGACAUGGACAUACGGUCCUUACGAUGAGCGUGAGGCAGGAGCUACCCAAGAGGCUAGCGUGAGAUACGAGUUCACCAAGCCUCUCACUCACAGCAAACUGUUGGAGCGGGAUAUCGAAGUCAGCCACUGGGGCGGCAACAUCGCCACGGAGGAGCGGCAUUGGCUCACAAACCGUGCUGCAACACUCAAGAAUCACUUCUCGCGUGUGCAAUAUGCUCAAUCAAAUUACUACAACCCACCGACCAGCGCACUCAAGGAAAUGCGCUACCCAUUGACCGUGGGAAGCGUUGAUGCAUACUUCAUUGACGACAUUGGCAAUGUUUCCACGUCUAGGUUCAGGACCAACAAGCGCGAGUCUAACUUGGAGAUCAAGCCUCGUUACCCAGUCUUCGGAGGCUGGAACUACAGCUUCAAGGUCGGCUGGAAUGGUAAUCUGCCGAACUUCCUCAGGAGGACAAAGGCAGGCUCAGAGACUUUCGUUCUCAAGGUUCCAUUUUUCGAAGGUCCAAAGCAGGCCGAGGGUCUUGAGUAUGAGCGCAUCGUCACCCGCGUCAUUUUGCCAGAAGGAGCUACCAACGUGAACUUCGAGACCACAGUGCCGCUCGUCGAUAACAGCACCAGUUUCCACCGGACUUUCAUGGACACCAUCGGCCGCACCACGCUCACGCUCACCGCCAUCAAUAUCGUUGAUGAGCUUCGCGAUCGUGACCUCAUCGUCACAUACGACUACCCAUUCUCAGCGCGAUUCAGGAAACCACUCACCAUCACGGCUGGCUUUGCGGUGGUAUUUGUGACUGCAUGGGUGAUUGGCAACCUAGACGUCAGCAUAGGAAAGAAGCAAAAGAGCAGCUAG